ACCCGGUGCAUUGGUCGCGGAAGGCAGUAAAGCCGCCGCUAGACGUGGCGCGGGCGUGGCGCUACCGCGUGGCGGCGGCGUCGGGUGGCGAGCGGCGCGUGAGACUGAGCCUGCGCGACGCCAUGCGGGAACUGCUCACCAACUGCUCCAUGGAAGGCGUAAGGUUUAUCGCUGAUAUAAGGAACCCGAGGUUUAUCAGAUGGAGCUAUUUCGUGCUAGUUCUGGGCUCACUCGCCGGCGGCCUGGUGGUGGCAGGCCUCAACCUGGCGACAGUCAGCAGCCGGCCGCCGCUGGUGGUGGUGACGCAGGUGGCGCCGCACCCCGUACAGCAGGUGGACUUCCCCGCCGUGGCCCUGUGCAGCUAUAACACCAUCAGCGCUGCCGAGCUCGACAGCUAUGCCAAGUACUUGUAUUCUUUAGAAAAGAAUAACACGUAUUCAUUGGAGGACCUCAAAAGAAACCUGUUGGCGUUCAGUGGUCUCAUCACGACGUACAGCCAAGUGAGCUUCGAUGCGAACUUCACCAAGUACCUGGCAGAGGUCGUCCGGCAGACUAACGUCACCGACAUUAUUUACAGGUUGUCUCCAAAAUGUGAGUCCAUGUUCGUCCGCUGCGGUUGGCGCGGAGGGCGCGCGAGCUGCAACCGCCUCUUCGCGCUGAGGAUAACCGACGUGGGCUACUGCUGCGUCUUCAACUCCAGAUACAGUUCAGAAGACCGCAAAAAUCAUCCCUACAGAGUGAAGCAGGUAGGCCAGGAAUACGGCCUUUCUGUCAUCGUCAAGGAGAAUACUGACGACUUCACUUACGUUCGUAGAUCUGGUGAGGAGCUAGAGAUGUUAAUCUUCGACGGGAGACAGUACCCGCUGAACAGAGCGGGCGUGAUACGCACGUAUCCCGUGCGACGCAACGCUUCCGUGUUCGUCACGUUGCAGGCCUCCGUGCAACGCGCUUCGGGAUCCUUGCGCUAUAUGACAGAAGCGUGGCGCGGAUGCGCCCUCACGUAUCCUGAAGGCCUGCCCAGGCACUCCUGGUCGCAGUGCGUGGCGGAGUGCCGCAGACGGGCUGCGCUGGCUCUCUGCCAGUGCACGCCGCACACCAAGCCCAUCAGUAACCGCAGCAGCAACGAGGUCACGUGCUCGCUGGAACACUUGGCGUGCUUGGACAAGCACAAAGAAAAGCUAACAUUCUUCUAUCCGGGGGAAAAUGCGCACGAGAGUCUGAGUGAGGAGCAAGCAGAUUCCGUCGAGUGUCUGCACUGUCGCCCCAACUGCGCCCGUCUGCGCUACGCUGCCAAGAUUUGGACUAUGCCGUAUAAAAAUAUCGUCAGAAAAAUACUCUAUAACCAUUUUGUCCAGGAUGUGAAGCUGUGGAACGCGACGGUGCUCCGCAUCUACUUCACGACGAACGACCAGCACCUGUGCCUGGUGGAGACCAACAUGCGCAUCUUUGAAGUUCUUUCCUUCAUCAGCUGUCAAUGGGUGUUGGUGGUGGGUGCGACGGUAGUCACCGUGUUGGAGGUGCUGUACCACUGCACCGUCCGCUGGAGGCACCACUACGCGCGCCGGCGGCGGCAAGAAACCCUGCCCAGGGUCAAGGAAGCCAAAAGAAAAAAAAUUAAAAAGAAAAAUUAAACAGUUUUGAAAAACCUA